GCUGGGAGUAGUGUCAAGGUCAUCUUGCUCCUCAUCGUCACUGUCAGCAUCGAUUGGGAAGACGAAGCAAAGAAAGCAAAGGAAAAUGUGGAUGCAUGUAGCAUGCAGCAAUAAGAGGGAGGGUUCGAUGAGUUGAAUUCCAACUUCCAAGAGAUGGAGGCUCCGGGGAGAACUUCUCUAGCAUGGCCAUCAUCACAUUGGCAACCGUAGUUCG